AAUUGUCGCGAAUACUGUAGUAGUGUAAGUUGAUCCGCGUUGCCUAUGAACUCCGAUGCGAAUAUCAUAUAUCGUAUAUAGCACUUAAAUGGCGAUGCAGAGUGAUCGUACUAUCCGCGAAGUCAGACAGUGAUCGAAUCGUCACGCGCUCCGACACGUUACAGAGUAUACGCAAUCAAAAAAAAUGAUAUAGGAUGUAUAAUAUCGCAAGAGACAAUACACUUGUCCACAUGCUUCUGCAAGUCAGGAAGUAGGCCGGCUAUAGACAUGCCGAUAGAUGCUCAUUUUUAGGACACAUUUAAAUUAAUGAUAGAAGAUACGUCACAGGCCAAGGUGGGCAUUUUUCUACUAGACAUUGUUGACAGAUAAUGUCGCUGCUUUAGUCGACGACGUCUUGGCCAUCGCGGGAAUGUAUAUCCAUUCAUAUAGGGCAGGCGGGCGUGCAAAUGGGAAACGCCUGUUGGGAACUUUAUUGUUUGGAGCAUGGUAUCCAUCCAGAUGGACAAAUGCCCAGCGACACUACUGUAGGUCAUGGGGAUGAUUCUUUUAACGCAUUUUUUUCCGAAACAAGUUCCGGAAAACAUGUUCCACGGGCGGUUUUGGUCGAUCUUGAACCAACGGUAGUAGACGAAGUUCGUUCGGGUACUUACAAGCAAUUGUUCCAUCCCGAACAAAUGAUUACUGGCAAGGAGGAUGCAGCUAAUAAUUAUGCUAGGGGUCAUUAUACGAUAGGAAAAGAGAUCAUAGACAUUACUUUAGAUAGAAUACGCAGACUGACAGAGCAAUGCAAGGGUUUGCAAGGCUUUUUGAUCUUCCAUUCGUUUGGAGGUGGCACGGGAUCUGGAUUCUCGAGUCUGCUUAUGGAACAAUUGUCCGCCGAUUAUCCAAAGAAAAGUAAACUGACAUUUAGCAUUUAUCCAGCGCCACAGGUGUCGACUGCAGUAGUGGAACCUUAUAAUGCGAUUCUUUAUACUCAUCCAACAUUAGAGCAUAGCGAGGUGGCUUUUAUUGUAGAUAAUCAGGCCAUUUACGAAUUAUGCAGAAGGAAUUUGAACAUCGAUCGGCCGACUUAUACGAAUCUAAAUCGAUUGAUUGGACAAAUGGUCUCAUCUAUUACUGCUAGUUUACGAUUCGACGGGGCAUUGAAUGUCGAUCUCACCGAAUUCCAGACAAAUUUAGUGCCUUAUCCACGUAUUCAUUUCCCACUCGCCACUUAUGCUCCUGUUCUGUCAGCGGAAAAGGCUGGACAUGAAACAUUGACCGUCUCAGAGAUAACAAACUCUUGUUUCGAACCAAAUCAUCAAAUGGUGAAUUGCGAUCCGCGCAUGGGAAAGUACAUGGCGGUAUGUUUGCUGUACAGAGGUGAUGUGGUGCCCAAGGACGUUAACGCGGCGAUCGCGAUGAUAAAACGGCAGAAACACGUGCAAUUCGUCGAGUGGUGCCCAACGGGAUUCAAGGUGGGAAUAAAUUAUCAACCGCCUACUGUUGUACCGGGUGGCGAUCUCGCACGAGUAGAAAGGGCUGUAUGUUGUCUCUGCAACACAACGGCUAUCGUAGACGCAUGGGCUCGACUUGAUCAUAAAUUCGAUCUUAUGUACGCCAAACGAGCUUUCGUUCACUGGUUCGUCGGGGAAGGUAUGGAGGAAGGUGAAUUUUCGGAAGCCAGGGAAGAUCUAGCUGCCUUAGAACUCGAUUAUCGUGAAGUACAAGAAGAUGCUGUCAACACUGAGGAAGAGGAAGAAUAUUAAACUCAUCCUAUCACACUAUAUAUUGAUUCAAUAUAAUAAUGUAUGUUGUAAUGUUUUAAAAUUGAAAUCUUUAGUUUAUCUUAUCCUAUCACUUUAUCGGCCAUAUGUUUUGAGUGUAUAUACAUAUAAUAU